AUGGCAGCCGUUGCCCAAGACUUCACUGCGGAGCCCUCGAUGGCCAAAUCGAUCAUCAGUCAUCCGUUAUGCCCGUUGACGGCUUCGGAGAUUUCCACGACAGCUGAUCUCGUGCGCUCCGUCUGGCCCUCCAACGUCGACCUUCGCUUCAAGGUCAUUACUCUCGAUGAGCCUGCAAAGAAACAGAUGAUCCCUUUCCUCGAGGCUGAACACUCGGGAUCUCCUCUCCCUGCAAUCCCCCGCAAGUCCUUCGUCUCUUACUACAUCCGCAACACCGACCGUUUUCACGAGGCCGUCGUCAAUCUGUCCGCGGGAAAGGUAGAGAGCAAUGUUCGCCUCGGACCUAAUGUCCAUGGAAACGGAGACUACGAUGAGAUCCUGCAAGUGGAGAAGAACGCCCUCGAGGACGAAGAGGUCAAGGCAGCCAUUGCCAAACUACAAUUGCCAGCAGGGACGGCGGUUUGUGCGGACCCUUGGAUCUACGGUUCCGACGGCAUCAACGACGACGACCGACUCUACCAGGUCUUCCUCUACAUGCGGGACCCAGCCAAUGCCGGCGAACUCGAUUCCAACCACUACGCUUUCCCACUACCCAUCUCCCCGGUGAUCGAAUGCAAUCACUACAAAGUCAUCCGCAUCGACUACCUCCCCACCGGCGCUGACAACACCGUGCACGAGCCCCGACCCUACCAGGCCGUCCCCGCCAACGAAUACGUCCACGAAUACCAAGAGCUCCGCAAAGACUUGAAGCCUCUGCACGUCCUCCAACCGGAAGGAGCAUCCUUCACGUUAAGCCCGGCCGGCGAAACGGGCCAUGUUCUCGAAUGGCAAAAAUGGUCGUUCCGCGUCGGCUACAACCAGCGCGAGGGUAUGGUCCUGUACGACGUCCGCUACGACUCUCGCGCUCUCUUCUACCGCCUGUCCCUCUCCGACAUGAACAUUCCCUACGCCGACCCUCGACACCCCUUCCACAAGAAAUCCGCCUACGACCUCGGCGACGCCGGCGCCGGCGCCAUGGCCAACAACCUCCAGCUCGGCUGUGACUGUUUGGGCCAUAUCCAAUACCUCUCCGCCGUGAUCACCGACGACAAAGGCUCUCCGGUUCCGAUCGAAAACUGCGUCUGUAUCCACGAGCAAGACGCCGGCAUCGGCUGGAAACACACCAACUACCGCACCGGCCGCGCCGCCGUGACUCGCGGCCGCGAACUCGUCCUCCAAUCCAUCAUCACCGUCUCGAACUACGAGUACAUCCUUGCCUUCAUGUUCAAUCAAGCCGGUGAAGUGAUCUACGAAGUACGCGCCACCGGGAUCCUCUCUACCCAACCCAUCGACCACGACCUCGACACCGUCGGCGUCCCCUUCGGCACGGUGGUCCACCCGGGCGUCCUGGCCGCGCAUCACCAGCACAUCUUCUCUUUGCGCAUCGAUCCCAUGCUCGAAGGCCAUGCGAACCGCCUCGUCUACGACGAAGCCCACGCCAUGCCCCUGUCCAAGGACUGGAACCCUCACGGCGUCGGCUACACGGUCUCGGAAACCCUGGUGGAGACCGCCUCCGGCCUCGACUUGAACCCGGACACCAAUCGUGUGUUCAAGAUCCAGAACUCGUCCGUUCGCAACCCGAUCAACGGCAAGCCCGUCGCGUACAAGAUCCACGCUCCGCCUUUCCAGAAAAUGCUCGCACACCCAUCGUCUUUCAACUUCAAGCGCGCCGAGUUCGCCGAUCACAACAUUUACGUCACCACGCAUCGAGACCGCGAGUUGUACGCCGGCGGAUGGUACACCAAUCAAUCACGCGGGGGGACGGGUGUGCGCUCUUUUGCCAGCAGGCAAGAUAGCGUCGUCGACACGGACAUUGUGGUCUGGGUCCAGUUUGGCAUUAACCAUGUGCCGAGAAUUGAGGAUUUUCCCGUGAUGCCCUGCGAGAUUUUGAAAGUGAGUCUCAAGCCGGUGAAUUUCUUUACGAAGAAUCCCGCGCUCGAUGUCCCGCCGAGUGUGCAGAGUUUUAAUCAAUCCACCCUCGUGAGUGAGGUGCAUCGGCAGCCGGCGGUGGAGAGUGUGGUAGGUGGGAAAGCGGCGUGCUGUGACAACGCGAAAGCCGGAAAGGGCAAGUUGUAG